GCGGUUAGAGGUUAGAGCAGAGUGCUGUAAGAUGGCUGACUUGUUUUGUGUGUUUGGCGCGAAGAGGCGGUCUUCAGACUGCACGCCAGCAUUGCUUAUGCUCUUCACUAUCGAAGAAGUUUCCUCCAAGCGAUGUAAACGUGUGGGAAUGAACCGGAUACGGAUCCACGUUUUACCCCCGAACCGGGGGCGCCUCGCUGCCGCCGCCUCCAGACAGCAGGAGCCCCUGGCGUGCUCGUUCACCCCGCGGCUCUGCUCGCACCCCCGGCUCGAGGGUCUGGAGUACUGCAUCAAACACAUCCUGGAGGACAAGAACGCCCCUUACAAGCAGUGCAGCUACGUCUCCAGCAAGAACGGCAGGCGGUGCCCCAACGCCGGCCCCAAACCCGAGAAGAAAGACGGAGUGGCGUUCUGCACGGAACACGCUCGCAGGAACGCGCUGGCUCUGCAGGCGCAGACGAGGAAGGUUUCGUCGGGACCCUCUCCGGAGCUGCUCCUGUCUCAGCUGAGCGGGUACGCCAAGACCGAGCUGGGCUCCCCAGGGCAGGACUGCAGCCGCAGCGAAGCCAGCAGGAUACUGGAUGAAGACAGCUGGAGCGAGGAGGAGCAGGAGCCCCUUGCGGUAGAUCAAACCUGGCGAGGGGACCCCGACAGCGAGGCGGACAGCAUAGACAGCGACCACGAGGACCCCCUCAAGCAUGCGGGAGUGUUCACUGCGGAGGAAGUGGCCUUGAUCACCAGGGAGAAGCUGAUCCGCCUGCAGUCUCUCUACAUCGACCAGUUCAAACGCCUGCAGCACCUCCUGAGAGAGAAGAAGCGCAGGUACCUGCACAGCCGCAGGGUGGAGCACGAGACCAUAGGCAGCAGUCUGCUGACCGGACCCGAGGGAGUGUCUGUGAAGGAGCGUGAGAACCUGAAGAAGCUGAAAGCCUUGCGCCGUUACCGCAAGCGCUACGGCGUGGAGGCCCUGCUGCACCGGCAGCUGAAGGAACGCAGGCUCGCUGCCUCCGAGAGGGCUUCCCAGCAGGCACACACCACUCGUUCCAGUCAGAGGUGCAUCUCCUUUGUUGAGGGGCUUCGCUGCGCUAACCAGUGUCUGCCGAUGACCAGACACUGCAUCUCUCACAUCUACCAGGACAGUAACCAGGUUCUGUUCAAGAUGUGCCCGGGCAUCACGGAGAUACCCUGCGACCAGCCUGUGCACAUGGGGCAGUCCGAGGACCCGCGCUGCCCCCUGCACCUGCAGCUGCCCUCCCCCAUGCACAAGCCCGAGCCGGAGCCCCUGGCUCCAGAGCAGCUGGACCCCGGGCCCCUGGACCUGUAUCUGAGUGUGGCUGAGCUACAGCCCACCGAGAACCUGCCUCUGGAGUUCAGCGACGAUCUGGAUGUGGUCGGCGAUGGGUUUCAGUGCCCUCCCUCUCCGUUGCUGUUCGACACCGCGCUGGCGCUGGAGGACCGGUCCAUCAGAGAGAUCGCCGAGGCGCCCAUGGAUAUCCUGGCCAGCGAGGAGGCAGCCGUCGCCAUGCCAACGCUGGAUGAGGAUCACAUGGAAAUCCAGAACCAGGUGAAUUCUCAGUCUUGUGAGCAAACAGCUGGAGCCAGUGAGGAGACUGCGGCUGUGCCUUCUGUAUCAACACCGCUGACAGCUCCUUCAGUAACCAACGGCAACACAGGACCUGCAGCAGCCCCCUGAGCGCUGCGAGGCUUCAGAGCAAAGAAGCAGGAACGCUGUCCCAAAGCUCUUCACUACUCUGCUAGGCAGUGAGGACCUUGCAGAGAGCCGAAGGCAUCGCUUGUCUUGAAAGGCUGUAAACGCAGUGCAGCCCUUCACGGCUCCCAUUAGCCUCGUAAUGCCAUCGCGCAGGUAUUCUCGUUGUCAAGUGGAAACACAAAUCGCACGGUCUUGUAACUGUGGCUCCCAGAUGCAGCGUUAUAAAGGGGGGAGCUGGAAGCAGGAACCUCUGAAGUGGUGAAGGUCGGCCUGCUGCUGCUGAUGAAACCUCUCCAAGACCAGCGCUGCCUUUCGGUUCUGGAGGAAAGUGAUCCUCCGUGCCGGACGGGAUGUGCUCUGAAGGCCUCGGGAGUCUUCAGAGAGCAGGGUGGGGUGCUGAUCUGCACUAACUUACUCUAGCUUCUUCAGCAAGCCCUGAAUGUGGUUUCAUAGAUGCUGUGAUACACCGGCUCUGUGUGGCUUUCUGCAGUAGCUGGGGAAUCAGCACUGCUUUACUGUGCCAGAAACACUAACAGUAACUCAUGUAGUUGAGUGUGGAGCAGGAGCCUGACCUGGCCUGCCUUUUGUUGUAAACCCCCCCCCCCCUUUGCGUGGCUCUCGUUCCUCUUCGAAAAUGGCCGUGGAUGAAAUGUUUCUCAAUUUCAUUUGCAAUUGUAAAGUUUACUAUCUGUACACAGAUUCACCAGGAAUGAGGGUGCGUGUGUUUCUUUUCGGUGUUAUUUAAUAAAGCAAGAUAAUGUUUCUGCA